AUGGGGAAAGCUAUCCAUUGGGGAGGCAAUUUUUCCUGGUUGCCAUUUGCGUGGCAGACGGAAUGUCGACGGACGAGGAGAUUUGACGAUCUGUGCGGAGGGUACUGCUGCCUGACAAAAUUCCUCAUGUUUCCAGAGGCGGCAAUUCUGCCGACAGACAUAUCCGAUCGAAGCUCCUCCUGCAUGGAGCCGCCAACGAAAGUUUGUGCACCGCUGUUUCUCCCGCUGAAAAGCAGCGAUUUAACUCCCUGGGAAAUAUUUUCGAGAAGUCUUUCCCAGAGGAAGACGCUCAUGGCCUUAGAAGACUCAUUAUGGAUGACAGUACAACUGUUUUCAGCCUCUCUACAGGUAAGGCCCGCUGCAGGCGCUGCCGCCGCUUGGAUAAUGAUCAUAUUUGCACGGUGA